GGCAUGUCUUCCCUAAAGCUUCGACGAGGCUUGAAUUGUUCUUCUACCCACUUUUCUUAUAAUGUGUUGCCUCUCUCAACUCUGGUGGUUGUUUGAUGGGCCGUGAAAAUAGUAUGAAGUUAUUACCGACGAAUGCAUCGACAGUUAUGAGGAUGGAAAACACCUAUAACAAUACAAAUAGAGCCUAUGGGCUAUUUCCUACUAAUCAGUACGCAUCCGUACCUGGUUUGUCACUGCAGACUCAGCCCAUCUAUAUAUGUCUAAUUGGUCAAAAGCACCGCGAGGCUUUGCGAUGGGCUUACUUGCACCUCCAUGGAGGCGAUGCAUCUGGGAGGCAUGGUUACUUCUAAGUAUGUUAGAAACGAUGCGAAGGUAGCCAGCUACGACAACGUAUACACUUACUUCAUCAGCACACUUCUCUUGGAAUUAUACUAUCUUUAAGGAUACGACUUAGCAACAAUGGAGGCCCUCGUAGCCGUCGGACUUGCAUCGAACGUCUUGCAGUUCGUUGACUUCUCAGCUAAACUAAUCCGUAUUUCGAAUGAACUCCGAAAUGAUGCAGCCUCGUCAGAAAACAGAGAUCACCAAGUGAUUACGACGCAUCUGAAGGCCCUCGCUCAGGGCAUCAACGACUCAGCUAAGGCGAUCUCUCAAACUUCUACAACAGCUUCACCCGAAGAAAAGGCCCUCCAACCAGUAGCCGACGAGUGCUGCAAGCUUGCCGAUAGCCUCCUCACUCGCCUCAAGAAGUGCGGUAUCCCGCAUGGCCAGAAUAACAGCCGGCUUCAGCGUGUCAAGACAGCUUUCAGAGUCAUUUGGAACAAGAAGGAGAUAGAGGAGAUAUCCAAUAGGCUGCAGUUCUUCAGGAGUGAACUUACUCUCCAUUAUGUCUCCCAGAGUAGACAGACACAGUUACACCAAGUGACACGACAGUCAACCACGGAUGACAUCCAGACGACACUAGGAAAGCUUAAUGAUCUAAAGAGGUCAAUUGAUGAUGUGAAGUCUGACCUAGGAAGGACCGCGAAUGAUCAACAUUUCGAAAUCUUAAACUCCGUUAAGGAGGCACGGAAUGAAAACACACUAUUCCACACCCAAGCAGCAGAACAGGCUAUUGCGGAUCGCUCCUUAGUCAACCAAGAGCUAGGGGAUCUCCAGGCCUCGAUGAAAAAUAUUACUACGGGCCUUCAGCACAUCCAGGUUCGACAGUCGGAGACACUGGAAUCCCUUGCUCAUGUGAAAGUAGAAAACUCUACAUUUUUCGCCACGGUAACCCAGCAAAUUCCCUUAGCUAGCGAUUCCAGUACCCUAGUCCACGCGCUUCGGCCCCUAUUGGAGCAGUAUAAGGACGAAUUAAUCGCAGGAGUCAAGAAGGAAUUCCAAUCCGCGGCCCGGACUGGGUUCGAUAGCAUCAUUCAAAACGCACCUGCUGCACUCGACGAGAUGCAACGUCGCAGUAGGACAGCACAGCAUGAUCCUAAAAGGGUGGUGGGCGAGAGUAAAGAGACGACCGAAAUAGAUUUGUAUACUUAUGAAUCGUAUACUACCCCCUUCGAAGAUCCGAACCCCUUGCUCCUCAAGAGACAGGCUCUUGGCCGGCCAGAUAAGAACAGUAUAACGAUGCUCUACCAGCGCCGGCGGAGAUGGAAAACUAUACUAGGAAAUUUGAUUCUUCGCAUCCGAGACAGAGUCCAUUUUAACGAAUACGGGCGCCCAACAAAGAUGUACGAGCUUACAGUACAAUUUACACCGUCGCUAAGUUGGCUGUCUACGGGCUUCUCAAUGACGUACGAGAACAAAACCGAUGCGAGAGGAGGCCCCGAGUUCGGUCUUAGGUUAAAGACAUAUCGCGUUCUUCCAGACGACCAUGAAGUGUUUCGUGCUAUAGUGGACGGUGACGUCUGUACUGUCCGGAAUAUGUUGUCGCAAAAGCUUGUUUCACCUUCAGACCGACAUUUAAAUGGAUGGACAUUGCUCAUGGAAGCCGUGUAUAUCGGUGAAUUGAAUAUUUGUAAAGCACUCGUACAGAGUGGUGCAGAUAUCAAUGCACGUAAUGACGUGCAACAAUAUUGAAGGCCGAGCCAUAUUCCACUACCUCCAAAGCCUCCCUGGGAUUGAAAUCGAACACUUCUGGCAAAAUGAAGGGCUAAUAGUAUCUGCGAUAAAUUCCAUGGCGAUCUUCGAAUUUUGUGAUGU